CUGCAAAAAUGGUGUACGUGGCGAAUGGUCAGGUCCUGGACAACAGAAGCCAGUCUCCAUGGCGAAUGUCGUUCCUCACUGAUCUCUUCUGGGGUGCUGUGGAGUUCAUUGGCUUGUUUUUCCAAUCCCUGGUCCAGCCAGAUCUGACAAAGAGGGGUAACUCUGGCUCAUCCUCUGCAGGCUACAGUGAUGGCAGAGGCCCCCCUGGACCCCCUGGUGGCCGGAGGCGGAUGGGGAGGAUAAACCACGGUGGGGGGCCCAGCGCCCCUCCCAUGGGGGGAGGAGGAUGAGGAAGGUAAACGCCUACACAUUUUUGUGUAGGCGUGGGUUGUGGCACACCGGCUGCAGACAUGUAGCCUAAUUUAGGCUGCAAUGACGUGCAUGUGUGCCAGCCCCCAUCCUCUACAGCUGCUUCUGCUCACCACAGACUCCUGACGCUGCUCUGGGAAUUCCUACACGUAGGGGCCAGGGCGGCCGAUACGGCAGCUUCCUGUUUCAGACCCCUCUUCUUGUCCCAUUGUGAAUCAUAUCACAUCCCUCUCCGAAGCUGUAAUAUUUUUUUGUAUCCCACUGUUAAAUAAAGUCCUGUGCUGUA